GUCGUUCUACAAUGCUGCCUCCUCCUUGUCUGCCAGUGGAUUACCGAGUGAAUAUUUUUCUCCGUCAGAACUGGAAUGAUCCACGCCUUGCAUAUAGCGAAUAUCCAGAUGACUCUUUGGAUUUAGAUCCAUCCAUGCUGGAUUCUAUUUGGAAACCUGAUUUGUUCUUUGCCAAUGAAAAGGGUGCCAACUUUCAUGAAGUAACAACAGACAACAAGUUGUUACGAAUUUUCAAAAAUGGAAAUGUUCUUUAUUCUAUCAGACUGACUUUAAUACUGUCCUGUCCAAUGGAUCUCAAAAAUUUCCCAAUGGAUGUGCAAACAUGUAUAAUGCAGCUGGAAAGUUUUGGAUACACAAUGAAUGAUCUCAUUUUUGAAUGGCAAGAAAAAGGAGCUGUACAGGUAGCAGACGGGCUCACUCUGCCACAGUUUCUGUUGAAAGAAGAGAAAGAUUUAUGUUAUUGCACCAAACAUUACAAUACAGGAAAGUUUACAUGCAUUGAAGUCCGAUUCCACCUUGAAAGGCAAAUGGGUUACUAUCUCAUUCAAAUGUACAUACCCAGUCUACUGAUUGUCAUUCUCUCCUGGGUGUCAUUUUGGAUCAAUAUGGAUGCAGCUCCAGCCAGAGUGGCGUUAGGCAUAACAACUGUACUGACUAUGACAACACAAAGUUCAGGUUCACGAGCAUCACUUCCAAAGGUAUCAUAUGUCAAAGCUAUCGACAUUUGGAUGGCAGUAUGCCUGCUCUUUGUAUUUUCUGCACUUCUGGAGUAUGCAGCUGUAAAUUUUGUGUCAAGGCAGCAUAAAGAACUUCUGAGAUUCCGCCGGAAGAGGAAGAAGAACAAGGACGAUGAGGUAAGAGAAAGUCGAUUCAGUUUUACAGCCUAUGGAAUGGGGCCGUGUCUGCAAGCAAAAGAUGGCGUGACUCCAAAGGGGCCAAAUAAUCCCAUUCAAGCUGUACCAAAAAGCCACGAUGAAAUGAGGAAGGUAUUCGUUGACCGAGCCAAGAAAAUUGAUACCAUUUCCAGAGCUUGCUUCCCAUUAGCCUUUCUCAUUUUCAACAUUUUUUAUUGGGUUAUCUACAAAAUCAUUAGGCAUGAGGACAUUCACCAAUAACAAGAUUAAGGCUU